UGGCGUCCCUUUAUGACGAGCGCAACAGCAACAAAGGUUGAUUUAAAAAAAUGGCUGCUGGGUGCGCUUGGUUCCUGGUGUUGGGAUCUGUCUUUUUGUGCAAUCUCUUCAAAACACUCUUGCCGACUAUUUCCUCUUUCCUAUUGAAGGUCCUUCAGAAAGAUGCUGAGCAGGAGAGGGAUAUGCGGGCUGAGAUCCAGGAGAUGAAGAAGGAGCACAACUCCGUUAGCAUGAUGGAUGAGUUUGCCAGAUACGCCAGACUAGAGCGCAAAAUCAACAAGAUGACUGACAAGCUGAAGACACAUGUCAAGUCUAGAACUGCUCAACAAGCCAAAAUGAAAUGGAUGGUGAAUAUAGGUUUUUACAUCCUCCAGGCUGCUCUGAUGAUCUCCCUGAUUUGGAAGUAUUAUGCUGACCCAGUGACUGUUGUACCCAGUAAGUGGAUUGCCCCCCUGGAGCAGCUGGUGGCAUUCCCAUCUGGAGUAGCAGGUGGUGUUGGAAUCACAUGCUGGCUGGUGGUGUGCAACAAAGUGGCGUCUAUUGGUCUACAUACAAUUAGCUAAGGAAUGGGAUCUUUUAUUAAUGUCUUAUUUAUUCCCCAAAUGCUCUGAGAAUGAAGUCAGGCAUUGUUAGUCAGCACUUUGAUAUUAAAGUGUAAAUUGGUACUGUUGGUAAGCACUUUUACAAAGCACCCCAUAUUCAAACAUUGCCUUACAUUGCCAAUGUUAUUGCACAUAUUUUAGUGUGUCUUAUGUUGGCUUCGGAAUCGGAUGUUACACUACAUGGCCAAAAGUAUGUAGACACGCCUUCAAAUUAGUGGAUUCGUCUAUUUCAGCCACACGUUGCUGACAGGUGUAUAAAAUACAGCACACAGC